ACAGGACAAUGCAUACCACCGCCCGCUGACUGUAAACAUAGGGGCUGUGUGUUCACUUAGCAUGGACUUCUGGGAGGGGCCAAGAAAGGGCGGUCUGCAGUUUUAUUGAAUAGAGCAGUGUGCAUUAGGCUGGCUGCCUGCCUGCCUGCUCUCUUGCUGUGUUGCUUAAAGGAAUCCCGGCUCCCUUUCCGACGACAGCGAGCGAGACGUCCUCCUCUGUGGGAAGAAGCUGCAGCCGCAGAGGUAUUAUCUGGGCCCCCAAACCUAAAACCUCACGAUGGAUGAUUUUGAACGGCGCAGAGAACUCAGGAGGCAAAAGCGGGAGGAGAUGCGGCUGGAAGCGGAGAGAAUUGCCUAUCAGAGGAACGAUGAUGAUGAAGAAGAGGCUGCCAGGGAACGGCGCCGCCGAGCCCGGCAGGAAAGGCUGCGGCAGAAGCAAGAGGAAGAGUCCUUGGGACAGGUGACAGAGCAGGUGGAGAUCCAUGCUCAGAACAGUGUCCCUGAUGAAGAGUCUAAGCCAGCCACUACAAACACUCAGGUAGAAGGCGAUGAGGAGGCUGCGUUACUGGAGCGCCUGGCUAGGCGAGAAGAAAGACGUCAAAAACGUCUUCAAGAAGCCUUAGAGCGUCAGAAGGAGUUUGACCCGACCAUAACAGAUGCCAGUCUGUCAAUCUCAAGCAGAAGGGUGCAAAAUGACAUGGCAGAAAAUGAGACACUAGAGAAGGAAGAAAAAAGAGAGAGUCGCCCAGGGUGGUAUGAGGUGGAAGAAACAGAAGUAGUCAUCAGGUCCUACCAGAAGAACAACUAUGAAGAUGCUGAAGACAAAAAGAAAGAAGAAAAGGAGGAGGAGGAGGAAGAGGAGAAGCUGAAGGGAGGGAGCCGUGGCGAAAAUCAGGUAGAGGAGAUGGUAGAAGAGAAAACACCAGAAAUCCAAGAGGAAGCUGUGGUAAUGGUAUUGGAAAAUGGGCAAGUCAGUGCAGAAGAGUCUAAAGGAGAGGGGGAGAGGGAAGAAGACACAGAGGAGAUAGCCCAUCGAAAAAGGAUGGAGGAAGAAGAAAGAGAGAGAGCUGAGGCAGAGAGGCUGAGGUUGGAAGCAGAAGAACAAGAAAGACUCAAGGCUGAGCAAGAUAGGAAGCUAGCAGAGGAACAGGCAAGGAUCGAAGCUGAGCAAAGGGCAGCUGCAGAAGAAAGGGAAAGGAGGGAGGCAGAGGAGCGGGCAAGGAUUGAGGAGGAACAGAGAAGAAUGGUUGAGGAGCAACAGAAGGCUAAGGCAGAAGAAGAGGAGAAGGCCAGGCUAGAGGAGCAAAAGCAAAGAAAGCAGCUAGAGAAGCAAAGGAGUGAGAAGCAAGAAGCAAAGGACAAGGGGGACAAGGGAGCUAAGAAGACAGACAGGAAAGGGGUGAAUGAAAGGAAAGAGCAAGAAGACAGACUUCAGACAGCUGUCCCAAAGGAGCAGGAAAGGGAAGAGGAAAGAGGAGCUAAAGGGCAAGCUCAAAGACCAAAGGCCCAAGAUAACAAGCCUGCCUUCAAAAAGGAAGAGAUCAAAGAUGAGAAGAUUAAAAAGGACAAAGAGCCCAAAGAAGAAGUCAAGAGCUUCUUGGAUCGCAAGAAAGGAUUUACAGAAGUGAAGGCACAGAAUGGAGAAUUCAUGACACACAAACUUAAACAAACCGAGAAUGCUUUCAGCCGCUCAGGAGGCAGGGCCGGUGGGGACAAGGAAGCCGAAGGCGCCACACAAGUGGAAGCCGGCAAGAGGCUCGAGGAGCUGCGCCGGCGCCGCGGGGAGACGGAGAGCGAAGAGUUCGAAAAACUCAAACAGAAGCAGCAGGAGGCAGCCCUGGAGCUGGAAGAGCUGAAGAAAAAGAGGGAAGAGAGAAGGAAGGUCCUGGAGGAAGAGGAGCAGAAGAGGAAGCAGGAGGAGGCUGACCGAAAAGCAAGAGAGGAGGAAGAGAAGAGGAGGCUAAAGGAAGAGAUUGAACGGAGAAGGGCAGAAGCUGCUGAGAAACGCCAGAAGAUGCCAGAAGAUGGCCUGUCCGAGGACAAGAAGCCAUUCAAGUGCUUCACCCCUAAAGGCUCAUCUCUCAAGAUAGAGGAACGAGCAGAAUUUUUGAAUAAGUCUGUGCAGAAAAGUGGUGUCAAAUCUCCUCAUCAAGCAGCAGUAGUCUCCAAGAUUGACAGCCGGCUGGAGCAGUACACCAAUGCGAUUGAGGGAACAAAAGCUUCAAAACCUACUAAGCCUGCAGCGUCGGAUCUUCCUGUUCCUGCUGAAGGUGUCCGCAAUAUCAAGAGCAUGUGGGAGAAAGGGGAUGUGUUUUCAUCUCCCUCUGCCUCGGCAACACCAAAUAAGGAGACUGCUGGCCUGAAGGUGGGCGUUUCCAGCCGCAUCAAUGAAUGGCUAACUAAAUCUCCAGAUAGCAACAAGUUACCAGCUCCCAAGCCUUCUGACUUGAGGCCUGGAGAUGUUUCUGGCAAGCGGAACCUCUGGGAAAAGCAAUCUGUGGAUAAGGUCACUUCCCCCACUAAGCAGGUUUGAAACAAUCGGGAGAAAGAACCCAACUGCAAGACGUUUUGCUGGGCCAGCUCAGUUGUAGGGGGCUAAUUGCUCUGUUUAUAUUUAUGUUGAUUUACUAAAUUGGGUUCAUUUUCCUUUUUUUAAAAAAAAUUUUCCAAUAUCCCAAUAAACCCAUAUAUAUGCUCACUAUAUUUAAUAACCACAUCUAGAGAUGUUCAUGGUCAAAGUACUGCCUUUGCAGAGGAGCCUGUUUCCAAAGAAACCCAUGCUGUGAAGUAGACUCGCUACUGUCGUUCCAGCAGUGAGAACCACCACUUCGGAAGUCAACAAAAGGAAUUUGAGGUUAAGAUUAUCUGAGGAAUGAAUGCAGUAUCUAGGGAGGAAAUGAACCAUAGGUUUUGUUUUGUCUCAAUACAGACAUCAUGUUUCUGCACUUUAGACUAAAGUAUGGAAGAAAUUAUCUAAGUAGGCAAUCAAAAGUAACCCAUUUCAGAUCUGAUACAGGGCAGUAAUGAUUGUCUUUAUAAAAGAUGUACUGUUGACAUAUUGCUUUUUUAUGUGCUGAUUCAUACCUAAAUUGGGUGAUUAUUUUAGCUGACAGUGGUACUGAUUUUUUUUUCAGGUUAGAUGCUUUGCAAAUUUCUUUGGUAGUAAUUGUAGACUGAACCACAUUUAGAUAACCCAACUAUGUAAUGUAUGUGCAUACAUGUCUACAGACACACUAAUAGUAGACUGCUCUUUCAUGUGCUAGACUAUUAUAUUGCAUAGUAUGUCCUUGUAACUAACCAAUAUCACAGCUUUUGAAGAUUAAAAAUCACAAUAUUAUAUUAAUAUUUCAUAUUUGCCAUGGAAGUUAGGUAUAGAUAUGUUUUCAAUGCCUGAUGAUGUAUAAGAAAAAAAAAUUGGGAAAAAAAAGGAGAUUAGAAGUGUCAAAAUUAGUUGAAAUUUCUUCUAAGACCUAGUCUUUAGUUUAUAAUUGAGGGCAGUCUUGAAGUCCAGUGUAAAUUUUAAGACUACCAUUUGGACGAUGCUCAAACCCUGCUUUUUGUGACAGUGAUGUUCCCAAGAAAAAGUUGACUUACAUGGUAUCUAAGGUGUCCUCCUUCUCUAACAUUUAGAAUCAAGCAUCUGGUGACAGUAUUGCACAAAUUAAAAUUUAUGUAGAUGCCGAAACAAAGCCCAAUUUUGCCUCCUAGAAGCAUACAGGCAAAGUGAGCAAAAAGCAUGGCAGUCCUUCUAUCUUUAUGUACUCGGACUUUUUAAAUUAAAAUUUUCUGCCUUUAUUAGUCAGUUGAUACUGUCAUAAGUUGAUAAUAUCUUAAAAUUUCAAAAGUAUAUGUAAAUUUUAAGUUUUAUUUCUUCCCCCAAGGGUCCUUAGGGACUCACCAUUCAGAUAUCAGAUCCUAUGUUAGCUUAUAUCUUUAUUUUCUUCCCAACAGAUAAUGAAAAGUACUCUAGUGCUUUACAAAAUGUUCUUAUAUAGAACAUUCUAUGUAUACAGUGUCAUUGUACAAACUCAUACCUCAGCUGACUUAACCAAAAUUAUCUUAGUCUCCAUUCCUUCCACACUGGGAGAGCGUCCAAAAUAACUAUUUCCUAGUCCACAUAUUUCCCUUCAAGAGGGAAGAGUUGGCUUGAGGGGUGACCACUAUCUUGAAAAGUCUAUUUUUCUCACAAAUUAGUAAAAGUUAGUUGGAUUCCCUAGCUUCUGGCAAACUUGGGCCAAAGGAAAGCCACUAAGACUACCCAAGUCAUCUACCCACGACAGAGUAGACACAAGUCUAUGAUAAGAUAAAUAGAAUGCACAUGGCACACCUAUGGAAAUGACUUCCAUCAUUGGAGUAAAAUGGGUCAAAGUUCGAGUUAAGGUGGAUGGUGAGGGGUCAUGGUUGUGUUAACAAAGGCCUUCUACUAUUUUAUAGGCCCUUUGUUGUUAAGCCUUUAAGAAAGUUCCAAGUUGUAAAAAGAAUACUUUGAUCCUACAUUUUAUUCCAAAUUUGGAUGACAUGAGUUUUAGGGUAGAAUUCUGUUCCGUUUAGAUUUAAUCUUUGAAAAAGCAAAUUCCUCAUUUACUUGGAUUACAGCUCUCUGUCAUCUUUAAGAGGGGAAGCUGCAAGCUGACUAGCAUGUUCUGUGAAUCUGCCAUUGUUAAACAUGUUCUUAACACUUGACAUUUUUCACUGAGAAUUGAUUGCUGCAAUAAAAUAUAUUGUGAAAAUGCAUCCACAAUAAAUGGAAUUCUUCCAAA